CUCCAGUUUGACCUGGUGUGUGUCAAUGCUUGGAUGCUGGACCUCACACAAGCCAUCCUGAACCUGGGCUUCCUGGCCGGAGCCUUCACCUUGGGCUACGCAGCGGACAGGUACGGCCGAAUCGUCGUUUACCUGAUAUCCUGUUUCGGUGUUGGCGUCACCGGCGUGGUGGUGGCGUUCGCACCAAACUUCCCUGUGUUCGUGGUCUUCCGUUUCCUACAAGGCGUGUUUGCAAAGGGGACAUGGAUGACCUGCUAUGUGAUUGUGACAGAAAUCGUGGGUUCGAAGCAAAGGAGGAUUGUGGGAAUUGUGAUUCAGAUGUUCUUCACUCUGGGAAUCAUCAUCCUCCCGGGAAUUGCCUACUUCAUCCCCAACUGGCAGGGCAUCCAGCUGGCCAUCACGCUGCCCAACUUCCUCUUCCUCCUCUACUACUGGGCGGUUCCUGAGUCUCCCCGCUGGCUGGUGACUCGGAAGAAAGGAGACGAGGCCCUAAAGAUUCUGCGGAGCAUUGCCAAGUGCAACGGGAAGUACCUCUCGCCCAGCUUCUCGGAGAUCACCGUCACCGAUGAGGAAGUUAGUAAUCCGUCCUUUUUAGACCUGGUGAGAACUCCCCAAAUGAGGAAGUGCACCCUUAUUCUUAUGUUUGCUUGGUUCACCAGCGCUUUGGUGUACCAAGGGCUGGUCAUGCGCCUGGGCAUCGUGGGCGGCAACCUCUACAUGAACUUCUUCAUCUCCGGAGUCGUGGAGCUGCCGGCCGCCCUCCUCAUCCUCCUGACCAUUGAGCGUCUCGGACGCCGUCUCCCCUUCGCAGCAAGCAACAUCCUGGCCGGAGUGGCAUGCCUGGUCACGGCGUUCUUACCAGAAGGAACACCCUGGCUAAGGACCACGGUGGCCACGCUGGGGCGACUGGGCAUCACCAUGGCCUUCGAGAUCGUCUACCUGGUCAAUUCGGAGCUGUACCCGACGACACUACGGAACUUCGGGGUGUCGCUCUGCUCCGGGCUGUGCGACUUUGGGGGCAUCAUCGCGCCCUUCCUGCUCUUCCGCCUGGCCGCCCUCUGGCUGGAGCUGCCGCUCAUCAUCUUCGGUGUCCUGGCCUCCGUGUGCGGCGGCCUCGUGAUGCUUCUGCCUGAGACCAAGGGCAUCGCCUUGCCGGAGACGGUGGACGACGUCGAGAAGCUGGGCAGCCCGCCCUCCUACAAGUGUGGCAGGAAGCAGAAGGCCCCAGCUCGCAGUGCUCCCCUGUGAGGCGCCUGCCGGGACCACGGAGCGGCGCAGGCCGAGGCCGGAGCGACGUGCCCCGCAGACACCGGUGCCCGUGUCAGCCCGUUGCACCGGGGCGCCCACCUGCUUUUAACUCUUUACAAAGAUGUGCACAUGAUCCCGAGCAUCGUUCCGAGAUGUUGGAGGUUUGUCCUGAUGCUGGACACGUCUCCCACCCGUGGGUGACAGGGACAAGAAGCCCUGCCAGUGCUCACAGCGACUCCAUCGGGAACGGGGUGAGCAACCAGGGCCUGGGGAACGUGGACAGAACUCGGGACAUCAGGAACCGAGGCUCAGGAACGUGUGUCCUAAGGGUUCCUGGGAGGAUGACGAUCCGGGGAGUCUGCAGUGAAGACACGGGACAUCCGGACGGAGCCUGCGCUUUCUCUCCUCGCCUGGAUCUGCGAGCCCCGCUGGGGUUGCUUGGGCCUCGCCCCACAGAUCAGCACGAAUCUGUGAGGCCUGGGGACCCGGCUCUUUCCUAUGACAUCUGGCUGGUCCUGCGAUGACUCGACACUGGAGCCCUGUGUCCGUGACUGAACCAGACCCGUGGGUUAGGGUGUCCUGGGUCGUAAGGUUGGAACCACAAGGGCUAUUCAUCUUAUAUCUGUGAGUUCAGGUCUGCGGCGGCGCCCACGGUCAGGAGUGAGACACGUGGACAGUUCUCGUUCUGUCUGGACAUGUUGCACUUGUUUUGGGAAGUAGCUCACAUUUUAACGGAAAGGAACAGUCAGUGAUCUCCGUGCUCAGAAGAAUUUACAAGGACGGAUGAGCACUUUAGAGCUACUGACAGGGAUUGGAUCUUUCUCUUUUGUUACUGGGACUUUUCAAACGAGUUGACUACAAACCUGCCAGCUUUUCCUGACCUGCUUUACAUGCGCAUCUGGUGCGUUUUCAGAGCCGGCGUCUGCCUUUCUGCGGGACUUUUUGACAAGUUAUCUGUGUGGGCAGGCGCGUGGCACCAGAGGGAAGGGAAGACGGCGCCUCUGUGCACCGGGCGGAGUGCGUGGUGUACGCGUUGUGUGCACGGUGUGUGCACGGUGUGUGCGCGGUGUGUGCACGGUGUGUGCAC